UGCUGUCACAGUUUUCGUGAUCUGAUUGCUCUUUUACAUAUAUGAUGACAUUGCAGUAAGGUGGUGAAGUGAAGUACUAUUCAAAUAAAAACACAGAGAAAACUGUUUUGAAGAGGAAAGCGGAGAGAAGAGAAAGAAAAAAACAUGGAGAAUUCUUACAGCAGGCCUGUUUUUGAUGUUCCCCAGGGAGUGAGAAUUAAGGGGCGAAUUGCAGAUGGGUACGAGAGAAUUCUUAGCAAGGAGGCUCUGCAAUUCGUUGCUGAUCUUCAGAGAACCUUUGGGGGUCGGGUGAGUUAUAACAUGGCGUGCAGAAAGGAGCAACGGGGCAGGUACAACAAUGGGGAGCUGCCGGGGUUCGAUCCCUCGACCAAGGCCAUCAGAGAAGGGGACUGGACCUGCGCUUCUACUCCAAAGGCGGUGGAGGAUAGGAGAGUUGAAAUCACUGGCCCUGUCGAGAGGAAAAUGAUCAUUAAUGCUCUCAAUUCCGGUGCUAAAGUCUUCAUGUCGGACUUCGAAGAUUCCUUGUCACCCACAUGGGACAACAUUGUAACAGGGCAAAUAAACUUGAAGGAUGCAGUUGAGGGAAGUAUAAAGUAUGAAGACAAGGCCAGAAACAGGAUAUACAAACUCAAUGACAUGACUGCUGUGCUUUUUGUUAGGCCUAGGGGUUGGCAUCUGCCUGAAUCCCAUAUUGAGAUUGAUGGGCAGCCAGCAACUGGAUGCCUGGUAGAUUUUGGUCUCUACUUCUUUCACAAUCAUGCAACAUUUCGAUCAAAACAUGGAGGAUCUGGGCCAUUCUUUUAUCUCCCCAAAAUGGAGCACUCCAGGGAAGCUGCACUAUGGAAUGCUGUAUUUGAGAGGGCACAAGAUAGGCUGGGAGUUCCGAGAGGAAGCAUCAAGGCAACUGUUCUGAUAGAGACCCUGCCUGCAGUUUUCCAAAUGCACGAGAUACUAUAUGAGCUCAGAGACCACUCUAUUGGGUUGAACUGUGGUAGAUGGGAUUACAUUUUCAGCUAUAUUAAGACAUUUCAAGCACACCCCAAUAGGCUGCUUCCUGAUCGCGUCCAAGUUGGGAUGGCACAGCAUUUUAUGAAAAGCUAUUCAGAGCUGCUCAUUCAAACAUGUCACAAGCGUGGAGUACAUGCCAUGGGAGGCAUGGCUGCUCAAAUACCCAUCAAAGACGAUCGUGCGGCCAAUGAAGUAGCCUUUGCAUUAGUCCGAGCAGACAAGUUGAGGGAAGUGAAGGCUGGACAUGAUGGCACUUGGGCAGCUCAUCCGGGGUUAAUAGGCAUAGUCACAGAAGUGUUUGACAAAAACAUGACUCAACCCAAUCAGAUUCACCUCAAAAGGGAGGACGUGAAGGUAACCGAGGAAGAUUUACUUCAGCUCCCCAGGGGUGUUAGGACAGUGGAAGGGCUACGGCUGAAUACAAGGGUGGGAGUACAGUACUUGGCAGCAUGGUUGACAGGGACAGGGUCCGUUCCCCUGUACAACCUCAUGGAGGAUGCAGCCACAGCAGAGAUCAGUAGAGUGCAGAACUGGCAGUGGAUUCGGUAUGAAGCAGUUUUGGAUGGGGAAAGUGUGCCUAUCAAAGUUACCAAAGAAUUCUUUGGGAGAAUUUUGGAGGAGGAGAUGGGCCGCAUACAAAGAGAGGUGGGGAUGAAGAGGUUUAAGAGUGGAAGAUAUGAAGAAGCAGGGAAAAUGUUUGGCAGGCAGUGCACGGCUCCCUGCUUGGAUGAUUUCCUUACUCUCGAUGUUUAUCGAAACAUUGUCCAAUACCACCCACGUUCAUCAUCUCGUCUGUGACACUUCAAAGAAUAACCUAAAGUUCAAGCUCUGUUCAGAAUGUUUUAUCUGUUUUUGAAACAAUAUUAUAGCAGAUAAUGUGUUUAUUUAUUGAUAUUAUUGUCGCUGGUGUAAUCCUUGAUGGCAGUGCUGAUUUUGAGCCAUUCAACAAUAAACUGAAGUUUAAGCUUUAUUCAAAGCAUUUUAUCUGUUUUUAAGAUGUAGUAAGCAGGGGAUGUUUUUAAUCUCUUGAGAUAUUGUUGCAGGUGUAAUCCUCGAUAGCAGUGUUAACCUUGGGGUAUCAUAAGUAGGCUUCUAAAUGAAUAAAUACGUCAUAUAUGUGGUUGCCAUUAA